GGUUUAGUGUGUAUGUGUGUUCUAGUCCCAAAGUGCGUGGCGUGGAUACAUCUUGAUGUGUGUGUGUGUGUGUGUGUGUGUGUUUGAAUGGAAACGAAGAAAACACACACGCACACAAGCAGCCUUUUUUUUUUUUUUUUUUUCUCCUCUUCCCGCAUUGCGCGUCAUUCAAACGGGACUGCUGGCUUACUCCUCUGGGUUGCACUCGUAAGCCUAAAAACAUCGUCGUUGGUGGGAGACACUGGUGCCCAGCGGAGGAAUAUUUGUGCUUAUUUACUCUUCUGCAGCUUGUUGUCACUUUGCGUCAUGGGCAGUCCCAACUGUCACAUGUGAAGACUUGACCACCAAAAAGAAACCACAAAAAAAAACAGGACUUCCUCUUCACCAACUUGUCCUUUUUUUUUUGGUUUUGUUUGAGCAACUUCACCGUGAAAAAUCACCUGAGACUUUUUAAAGAUUGCUGCCACGGCGGGACUCGCUCCACCUUUGUGACGGGACAAGUUCUCUCCCCUUGCAAGCUGAAAUAUGCCGACUCUGCGCCUAUAGAAACAACCUGAAAAGACGCACUGUGAAAUCCAAAGUGGUUUUAAAUCGUGAUGAUGCAGGAGUCGGCCACACAGACAAUAAGCAACAGUUCAAUGAGUCAAAAUGGAAUGAGCACCCUAAGCAGCAGCCAAUUAGAGGCUGGCAGUAGAGAUGGGAGAUCAAGCGCUGGUGACACCAGCAGCAGCGAAGUAAGCACAGUCGAGCUGCUGCAUCUGCAACAACAGCAGGCCCUACAAGCAGCGAGGCAAUUACUCUUGCAGCAGCCAGGCUGUGGCCUGAAAUCUCCAAAGAGCCAGGACAAGCAUCGUACACUGCAGGUUCCAGUCUCUGUGGCCAUGAUGAGUCCCCAGGUGAUCACACCACAACAGAUGCAGCAGAUCCUCCAGCAGCAGGUUCUCUCCCCACAGCAGCUCCAAGCUCUCCUCCAGCAGCAGCAGGCGGUCAUGCUGCAGCAGCAACACCUGCAGGAGUUUUAUAAAAAACAGCAGGAGCAGCUUCAUCUCCAGCUUCUGCAGCAGCAACAUCCUGGCAAACAAGCUAAAGAGCAACAGCAGCAGCAGCAGCAGCUGGCCGCCCAGCAGCUCGUCUUCCAGCAGCAGCUCCUGCAGAUGCAGCAGCUCCAGCAGCAGCAACACCUGCUCAACAUGCAGCGGCAGGGCCUGCUCUCGCUGCCCGGUCCCGCCCCCGGCCAGGCCGCCCUGCCGGGCCAGGCUCUGCCCCCGCCAGCAGGCCUGAGCCCGGCGGAGCUCCAGCAGUUGUGGAAGGACGUGACCGGAAGCGGUGGCGGCGGCGGAGGCGGCGGCGGAGGAGGUCACGCCUUGGAGGACAACGGUAUCAAACAUGGCAUGAACAACACGGGCGGAACGGGCGGCUUGGACCUCUCCACCAACAACAACAACCACCACCACCACAACAACAACAACAGCAGCAGCAACUCGUCAUCAACUACCUCCAACGGCCCCAAAUCGUCACCGCCUAUCUCGCACCAUUCCAUCGCUAACGGGCAGUCUCCCGUACUCAACCACAGACGGGAGCGGGAACGGGAAAGUUCACAGCAUGAAGAAAAUGGCGGCUCCCAUCCCUUGUAUGGUCACGGCGUGUGCAAGUGGCCCGGCUGCGAAAGCAUCUGCGAGGACUUCGGACAAUUUUUGAAGCACCUAAACAACGAGCACGCCCUGGACGAUCGGAGCACAGCCCAGUGUCGGGUCCAGAUGCAGGUGGUACAGCAGCUGGAAAUCCAACUUUCGAAAGAACGCGAGCGUCUUCAGGCCAUGAUGACCCACUUGCACAUGCGGCCCUCCGAACCCAAGUCAUCUCCCAAACCAGUGAGUGCAUAUUGCUCGCUCAACUUGGUCUCCAGCGUCACCAUGUCCAAGAACCUGCCGUCGGCGUCGCCGCCUAACUUAUCGCAAACGCCCACCACGCCCACGGCCCCCAUCACCCCAAUGGCGGCCAUGCCCCAGGUCCCUUCGGUUCUAGGCGGGGCCAACGUGCCCAGCAUGGGAGCCAUGCGCCGACGCCACUCGGAAAAAUACUCCAUGCCGCUUUCGUCGGGUGGUGACACAGUAUUUAUUUUUCCAGAGAUUGCCCCAAACUACGAGUUUUAUAAGAACGCCGACGUCAGGCCGCCGUUUACUUAUGCAACCCUUAUAAGACAGGCUAUCAUGGAUUCGUCCGACAUGCAGUUAACGCUUAAUGAAAUCUACAGCUGGUUCACGCGCACGUUCGCCUACUUCAGACGCAACGCCGCCACUUGGAAGAACGCCGUGCGCCACAACCUGAGCUUGCACAAGUGCUUUGUGCGCGUUGAAAACGUAAAAGGCGCCGUGUGGACGGUGGACGAGGUGGAGUACCAAAAACGCCGCUCGCAGAAGAUUACAGGAAGCCCGUCACUUGUCAAGAACCUGCCCUCAAGUCUUGGAUACGGAUCGGCACUAAACGCCAGCCUACAGGCCGCCCUGGCAGAGACCACCCUGCCUUUAUUGGGGACCCCGGGGCUAAUGAACAGCGGCUCCAUGGUGGGCGGCUGCCACGGCCUCCUGGGCGGCGACCCGUCCGGACUGAUGGGCGGGAGUCCACCGGGCCUUCUUGGCGGCAGCCCGCCGGGCCUGCUGGGCAUCAGCCCGCCCGGCACGCUGAGCUGUAGCCCCCCCACCCUCUUGCAGUUGGCCCACGACGACCUGAACGGCUCGCUGGAUCACCUGGACACCAACGGACACGGCAGCCCCGGUUACUCCCCGCCGGGACACAUGCCGCCCGUGCACGUCAAGGAGGAGCCUCCCAGCAUGGACGACGAAGACUGUCCCAUGUCACUGGUGACGACGGCCAAUCACAGUCCGGAGCUGGAUGACGACCGGGAGCUGGAGGAAGGGAACUUAUCGGAAGACCUGGAGUGAUUUUUAUUUUCUACCAUUUAGUUUGCUUUUUCCCCCCCUCCAAGGCCAGACUUGGAAAAGAACCACUCCCUGUUUCCUCUCUUUUGCCCUCCCUCGCUCUUUCUCUCUCUCUCUCAUUCUCGCCACUGGGACUAUUUAUUGAGCAUGCAUCCGAACGCUCCAAAGGAACUCCUUCCUGCAGCCCUUUGGAAUCGCUAACAUGUCAGGCAUGAGAUGCCGGGAAAAGGACAAAAAAAAAAAUCCAAGAUGGCGUGGCCACUAGACUACAAGGACUCAUGGAUGGAUAGAUGGAUGGAUAUAAGGAGGGAGGACACAAAUGAGCAAAUUCCGUCAUAUUCUGCCAAAAAGAAUAAAAAAAAAAGGACCAUUUUGUUUGUGAAUAAGCCGAGCCGCAGUAGUUGUUGAUGUCUAGAGACGAUUGCUGGUUCAACUCGAGUCUGUUGUGUCACCCACCGCUUGUACGUCGCGACUAUUUUUUCCCCAUCCAUUUCCACACGUCAACUGUAAAUGCCAUUCGCUCGAUGGCAACAACUGCCAAAACCGAGAGUUGUUACAUUCAGAAAAAAAAAAAGGGAUGAAAUUUGAAGAAAAAAAAAAAAUUCCACUCACCGUCUUUCCUUUGACUUUCUGAAAGCUUUGUCGACCUGCAAGCAGUCACAGGCAACAGCUAGAAACCAAAGCCCACGCUAGCUAGCUUAUUGACACAAGACGCCAAACUCAAGCUGCUCGGACCAAGAAGAAGCUUUUUUUCCUUCUGCAAAAACUACCUUCGACUAACCUCUGGGAUUGUUUCCUUUCAAGGCCUCUCCAUGGAGAUAUUCUAGCACGUCUGUUUCAAACCAAUUUAAUAAAAAAAUAACAAAAAGCUGCAGGCCAGAGAGGAGCUAAAUGUCAAAGUGGAUCAUAACCAAAACAUUUGUGCAGAAUCAUGAGCCCAUUGUGUUUCCCGUCCCAAUUUCCUUUUUAUUUUUUAUUCAAGCUGGUGAAUAUAUAUAUAUCGUUCUAAAUGGCACUGUUAACGUCACGACCGGAAACCACAGACGAACCAAACAUGACAAAAAAAAUAUCUAGCAAAGCCAAAUAGUAUUCAAGUGGAUGUGGCUCGGUUAGCACAUGACGUGCAAACUAAUAAUUAAUAAUAAUGCUAAUAAUAGCCAUGUCGGAAAGGGAAGCUAUGUUUGCUAUCGAUCUUUUCUGUAGGAUGGAUUUGCUUACAAUUUGUCCCGUUGAAAGUGUUAUUGCUUUAAUAAAAACGCUCAUUGCUGUUGUCAGAAAACCAAAGUUACACAAAAUUCUGCCUCCGCUGUUAAAAAACAAACAUAAAAGGUGUAAAACUGCACUGUAAAAAAAAUAAUAAUAAUAAUAAUUUGAGUUAUGGCAACAUUGUAAAAGCUAUUUUUAGUUCACUCAACUUUUUAUUUAUUUAUUUUAUUUUUUUACAGUGUGGUUUUUCAACCAGUGAAAAAAUAUCGUGCCAUUUUUCUAAUCGAAUUCUCAUGAGAUGCCAUCAAACUGUAGUUUGCAAUCUGCUAGCAUUUCAAUAGGGUGGGGAAAAAAAAAAAAGUCAAAGAUCCGGCACAUCGGUACCGUGCCGGCCUGCCACGACCAAAGCGGAUCCAAGCUGCAAACCAAGCUAGCGAGCAUUUAGCUUUCAGCACCAGUUCCACUUUGCGAGAGGCCUGCUAACUUAAUCUAACCACACCAAAUAAAAAAAACGACUUUCAAAAAGGGUUCUCCCACACUCCUUCCCCCAAAACAACACAAAAAAGGCUUUGGAAAAAAAAAAAAAAAACUUCUACCUCUGCUCAUCACAACAACGUCGACAACCCCCCCCCCCCCCCCUCAAGAUUUGCAUUGUAAUAGGUUGUCCUCAAACAUUUGUAGAAUGCUGAUGUAUAGAUUACCUGUAAGGGAAUAUUGUGUUUUAAACAUGCAUGUCAAAUAAAAAAAAAAAAAGAAUCAUUUGUCGGACAGAACAAGAGCUAAGAAUGAGACUAGCGUGCGAAUAUGGCGGCGGGGUUGGCCUAGCGAUACAUAUAAACAAAUGCAUUACCUCACACUUUGGGGAAGGCUCAGCCACAGAAUGCAUAUUACCUGUAGAUUUGCAUGGGUUUUGUAUAAAUUCAAAGGAAAAAAAAAAAA